AUGCGGUGGCACAAAGAAGUACGCAAGGAUGAGAAUGGAGUGUUGCGCCAUCCCAAUGAUGGAAGGGCGUGGAAACAUUUUGACGACCUGUAUCCUAAAUUUGCAGAUGAUUCGAGGAGUGUACGAUUGGGGCUGUCUUCAGAUGGGUUUAACCCAUUUAGUAAUAUGACAACAACACAUAAGCAAUUACCUUUAAGUUUAUUGAUUCCUGGGCCAAAAUCUCCUGGUAAAGACUUUGAUGUCUUCUUAAGGCCACUUGUAGAUGAACUUAAAGUUUUAUGGCGUGAUGGGGAUGAAGCAUAUGAUGGAUAUUCAAAAGCUCCUUUUACUCUUUAUGCCGCAGUAAUAUGGACGAUUAGUGACUUCCCAGCUUAUGUUUACUUGUCCGGGUGGAGCACUAUGGGCAAAUUCGCAUGCCCAAUAUGCUUAGAGGAUACUCGUUCUAACAGGAUUCGUGGUAAACAAUGUUAUACAGGGCACCGAUGUUUUUUAGGUAAAACACAUAGGUGGAGAAAGAACUUAGAGUUUGACGGAAAGCAAGAGAAAAGACAACGACCUCGCCAAUUUACAGGUGAUGAUAUUUUGCGACAGGUGGCGGAUAUACUUACAUGCACUACCGGAAAAGCACCCAGUAAUGAGGAUAGGAAGCGUAAACGAGGUUCUGAUGAGUUGAACUGGUCAAAAAAGAGUAUAUUGUUUGAACUUCCAUACUGGUCUAAAUUAUUGGUGCGUCAUAAUCUUGAUGUCAUGCAUAUAGAAAAAAAUGUAUGUGAUAAUAUAGUAGGGACAUUGUUAAAUGAUCCCGUGAAAUCAAAAGAUACUACAAAAGCACGUUUAGACUUGGAGGAUCUUAACAUUCGCAAGGAACAAUGGUUGACAGAAAGAAAUGGAAGAUUUGAGAAACCUCAUGCUAAUUUCACAUUGACUAAAGAUGAAUGUGUGGCGUUUUGCAAAUUUAUUAAGUCUGUUCGCCUACCCGAUGGCUAUGCGUCCAACAUCAGUCGAUGUGUGACGGACCAUAAUACACUUGGUAGGAUGAAAACACAUGAUUGUCAUGUAUCGCUUCCGAAAAUACUCCCGGUAGCCAUUCUCCCUUUCUUAAAUAAGGAUAUACGUGAAACUUUAAUUCAGUUUUGCCAGUUCGUUCAAAAAAUAUGCUCUAAAACUCUAUAUGCCAAAGAACUUGAGGAUAUGAAGACCGGGAUUGUUAUCAUAUUAUGCAAACUUGAGAAGAUAUUUCCUCCUGCAUUUUUUACAAUCAUGGUUCACUUGUGUGUACAUUUACCUGAAGAAGCAUUAUUAGGAGGCCCGGUAAGUCAAAGAUGGAUGUUUGGGAUUGAACGUUGUAUGGGUACGUACAAGGGAUAUAUUCGUAACUUUGCACGUCCUGAUGGCUCUAUUACUGAAGCGUAUGUUGUCGAUGAGGCUGUCACAUUUUUAUCUCGUUAUGUAGAUGAUAUCGAGACAAGAUUCAACCGUGCAGAACGCAAUUGGGAUGUAACGACCACUAAACAUGAGAUGGAUUUAUUCAAUAAUAAAGUUCGUGCAUUGGGGGCUUCAAAAUUCGGACAACUUGGGGAAUACCUUGAGGUGGUGCAAUGGUAUAUCUACAAUAAUUGUGGAGUUGAACUUGAUAGUUACCUAAAGGAGCAUAAAGAAGCUUUAUCCUCAAGAGGUAUAAGGGAAGCAAAUUUAGAUACUAUACAGAGACAAGAGUUUCCCUUUUGGUUCAAGAACAAGAUGGCUUUGCUGAGAGUCAAUGGUGAUCCUCGAGCAACCGAUGAUUUGUAUGCUUUAUCACAAUUUCCUGAUGAUCGCUACACCAAUUGGCAAAGUUGCAUCAUCCAUGGUGUUAGAUUUCGUUGCAAGGAGCGUGAUGACAAGUUCACUACACAAUGCAGUGGAGUUUCUGUAGGGGGUGAAGAUGAAGCAAUGAUUUAUUAUGGUGUUUUACUUGAAGUUUUGGAGUUGGAUUUUAUACUCGGUAGAAAGUGGUAUGUAGAUGAGCCAUUUAUUUUUGCUAAUCAAGCUCAACAAGUUUUUUAUCUGAAUGAUUAUGCACGUGGGAAGAAUUGGAUGGUUGUACAGAAAGUACACCAUCGCAACAUAUAUGAUAUACUUGAGCACGAUGAAGAUGAAGUAUUGAUGAAUGAUAUAUUUCAAGAAGAGGAAUCAAGUGAGUUGCCACCUUUUCAACCAACCGAAGAAUUACCUGAAACAUCUCUCGCGGUUCGAAAUGAUGUAGAACCUGAAACAUUACCAUACACGGAAGUUCUUGCAAUGCGUAAUGUAAAUGCCCCUAUGGAUGACUUAGAAAGUAUUGAUGAUGAAUAUGAUGACGUGGGUAAAAUGUUUUUUAAUAACGAACCUGUACUUGAUUUUGAGACCGAGCAUGAUUCUGAUGAGCCAAAUUGUAACAGUGAUGAUGAUGACUCUUUAGCAUGA